GGAGGCGAAGCGGCGGCCCCUCCCCCGGCGGCCGCUCCGGCUGGGGCUCGCCGGCCGGAGAGUUUCGCACCCGGCGGGGAGAUGCCGCGCGGGCUCCUUCUCCUCACAGAUUUGCAACCAGCAUAAUGCUGAAGCUCCCAACUUGGAACAAGGAUUUCACAGAAUGGCACAGACAGAACCUAACCUGGACCAUGACAUAUCAUGGUUCCUCCUUCCAUCAUGCUGGGCUAAGACUGUUGUGGCAUUAAUUUCCUUCCUCUGCUUUGCUAACAGCUAUGAUGGAGAUUUUGUCUUUGAUGAUUCUGAAGCCAUCAUCAAUAAUAAGGACCUCAGGGCAGAAACUCCACUUGGUGACCUGUGGCAUCAUGACUUUUGGGGUAGCAAACUCAGCAGCAAUACCAGUCAUAAGUCGUAUCGACCACUUACUGUCCUAACUUUCAGAAUUAAUUAUCUUUUUGCUGGAGGCUUCUACCCAGUUGGUUUCCAUGUCAUCAAUAUCAUACUGCAUUGUACUAUCUCAGUGUUGAUGGUUGAUGUGUUCUCAAUAUUACUGGGUGGAUUACAAUUCACUAAUAAAGGAAGAAGACUAAACCUGGCUCCAAAGACAUCUCUUCUAGCUGCUUUGCUGUUUGCUGUACAUCCAGUGCACACUGAAUGUGUUGCAGGGAUUGUUGGCAGAGCAGAUCUCCUAUGUGCCCUGUUCUUUUUGUUGUCAUUCCUCGGCUACUGUAAAGCGUUUAGAGAAAAUAAGGAAGGACAUAAUUUUUCUGUAUUCUGGGUGCUGGUGAGUGUUCUCCUAGGUGCAAUAGCCAUGCUGUGCAAAGAGCAAGGAAUUACAGUACUGGGUUUGAAUGCAGUGUUUGAUGCACUGGUGAUUAACAAGCUAAAUAUUUUGGAGAUCAUUCAAAAAUUACUACGUAAGGACAAGUUAUUGGAGAGUGCUGGUCUGCUAAGGAAAGGACUGCUUUUCAGGAUAACUCUUCUGAUGUCUGGAGGGGCUAGUAUACUUUAUAUACGCUGGAGGAUUAUGGGCACAGGGCCACCAGCUUUUACUGAAGUAGACAACCCAGCUUCAUUUGCAGAUAGUUUGUUUGUGAGAGCUAUAAACUAUAAUUACUACUAUUCACUGAAUGCAUGGUUGCUGUUGUGUCCCUGGUGGCUGUGUUUUGAUUGGUCAAUGGGUUGCAUACCCCUCAUUAAAUCCGUCAGUGACUGGAGGAUAAUUGCACUAGCAGCACUUUGGUUCUGCCUAAUUGGCCUGAUAUGCCAAGCUCUGUGCUCAGAAGACAGCUAUAAGAGAAGAAUUCUUACACUGGGACUUGGAUUUCUAAUUAUCCCUUUUCUUCCUGCAAGCAACCUGUUCUUCCGUGUAGGAUUUGUUGUUGCAGAGAGAGUCAUCUACCUCCCCAGUAUUGGCUAUAUCAUUCUGUUUACAUAUGGAUUUAGUCUCUUGAGUAAGCAAGCCAAGAAAAAGAAAAUUCUUGCUGUGGCAGUACUUGGAAUCUUACUGAUGAACAUUAUGCGCUGUGCGCUCCGUAGCAGUCAGUGGAGGUCAGAAGAACAGCUUUUUAGGAGCGCACUGUCUGUAUGCCCUCUCAAUGCAAAAGUACACUACAAUGUUGGCAAAAACCUGGCUGACAAAGGAAAUCAAAGCGCUGCAAUCAAAUACUACAGAGAAGCUGUAAGGUUGAACCCUAAAUACGUACAUGCCAUGAACAACCUUGGAAAUAUUCUGAAGGAAAGAAACGAGCUCCAGGAAGCAGAAGAGUUGCUGUCCUUAGCUGUACAAAUACAACCUGAUUUUGCUGCUGCAUGGAUGAAUCUGGGAAUAGUACAGAACAGCUUAAGAAGGUUUGAAGAGGCAGAGCAAAGCUACUGGACAGCAAUUAAGCACAGAAAAAAAUACCCAGAUUGUUACUACAAUUUAGGGCGGUUGUAUGCGGAUUUGAAUCGCCAUAUAGAUGCAUUGAAUGCAUGGAGGAAUGCUACAGUUCUGAAACCAGAGCAUAGUUUGGCAUGGAACAAUAUGAUUAUAUUGCUAGAUAACACAGGCAAUCUAGCUCAAGCAGAGGCAGUCGGGAGAGAGGCCCUGGAGUUAAUACCUAAUGAUCAUUCCCUUAUGUUUUCUCUGGCAAAUGUACUGGGGAAAUCACAAAAAUAUAAGAAGCUAUCUAAAAUGAAGAUAUUAAAGAUUCUCUAAUCCUGGGUUGAAGAUAGGAUACCUGGAUAAUCCGAGAAUAUUAUAAGAAAUUCAUACGCUGAUCGGUGUAUCAGACCUUUUCUUGGAAACAAUUGGCCAGCUAAGGAGUGGUACUUCAAAAUUAACUACUUAUACUUACAAGUAGUGAAUGUAAUGCAGCUGGGGACAGAACUAUUUUCCUAAAGAAAGUGUAUGAGCAUAUGAAGACUAAAACACAUAUAGCUAAUAUAUUCAUUUGUUUUAAUAGACUCUGUAAGCACCAAUGUAUGUAAGCAAUAACAAGUGUUUGGUAGUCUUGAGGAAAAAAAAUGUCAUUUACUGAACCUUGAGUUCUGGGGGUUUUGAUGGCUUUUGGAUAUAUUGUAAUGUUAGUAGUGCUGAAGGAACAGCCUCAGCAUAAGAGAAAAAAGAUGAUUUUAUGAUGUUAAAUUUCUUAAUAUUACUUUUUUUUUUUUUUUACCCGUUACUGUGUCUGAAUUCCAGUCAUGUUCAGUUGUAGAGUGAUGACUUGUCCACAUGUGAAGCCAGGGCCUGCGACAGCCCAACACUUUUGUGUUGAUGAUCAUAGAAUAGAAUCAUAGAAUCGCUAAGGUUGGAAAAGACCCACAGGAUCAUCCAGUCCAACCAUUCACCCAUCACCAAUGGUUCUCACUAAACCAUGUCCCUCAGCAUGACAUCUAAACAUUCCUUGAACACCUCCAGGCUCAGUGACUCCACCACCUCUCUGGGCAGCCCAUUCCAGUGCCUGACCACCCUUUCAGAGAAGUAGUAUUUCCUAACGUCCAGCCUGAACCUUCCCUAGCGCAGCUUGAAGCCUAUCACUAGUCACACGAGAGAAGAGGCCGACCCCCAGCUCACUACCACCUCCCUUCAGGUAGUUAUAGAGAGAAAUAAGGUCUCCCCUGAGCCUCCUCUUCUCCAGACUGAACAAUCCCAGCUCUCUCAGCCGCUCCUCAUAAUGCCUGUGCUCCAGACCCCUCACCAGCUUUGUUGCCCUCCUCUGGACACACUCCAGGGCCUCAAUGUCUUUCUUACAGUGAGGGGCCCAAAACUGGACACAGUAUUCAAGGUGCAGCCUCACCAGUGCUGAGUACAGGGGGACAAUUACUUCCCUGUUCCUGCUGGCCACAUUAUUUCUGAUACAAACCAGGAUGCCAUUGGCCUUCUUGGCCAUCUGGGCACACUGCUGGCUCAUGUUCAGUCUAGCAUCCAUCAACACCCCCAGGUCCAUUUCCUCUACACAGUCUUCCAGCCACUCUGCCCCAGGCCUGUAGCGUUGCCUGGGGAAUUAUGCUGUUGUACACCACACAACUGUCGCUCUAGACUGGCUGUUUCAUUUUUUGUAGAUUCUAUUAUUCCUCUCUUUUUACCUUGAAGCUGUUAUAAAAUAUAUUUUCAGGUUACUUUAACAAAGUUCUAGAAGAAUACAAAUUAACAUCCAGAAUGUAUAAGGGAUAACAUUAUGGAGGAGUUAAUUGCUAGUAUUACUAAGAUGAGUCAUGAGUGUGAAAGAACAGAGGAUUGUACAGUUAUUUAGCAAGAGUAAUAUGCAGCCUGACAGAAUAAAGAAUGUUUAUAAUGAAGUAAGUAGAAGAAAUAUGUGGAAAAUUUGCCAGGAAACGUUCUCUGGGUAUAGAAGAAUCAAGUUUGUCUUAGUGGACUUAGAAAAUUAAAAAGGAGGUAAUGCUGGCCAGUUCUGAAAGGUCAUUAUGCUGCAGGGGAAUGCACUGGACAAAGUGGGAAUAGUUGUAGGGGAAAAUAAAGCUUUCAAGCCAGAAUCCUGAAUAAAGCAAAAGAGCCCAGGGAAGAAAUCAGGGAGCCAGUGAGAGUUUUAAUAUUUCAUUAGGGAGUAGUAGGUUUGUGUAGAGCAAAAGAUAAAGCCUAACUUGAGGUUGAUGGGCUAUAGCAGGGAGAGCAAAUUAAGGGAAUUGGAAAGUGGACUUAGUUAGAAAAAGGAGAUAAUGACAGCAGCAGCUGUAUUUUGCAUGGCCUGGAAAAAGGAGAUAGAGAGUUGUUUGUUUAUUUAUUUAUUUAUUAUGUGAGAGAAAAAGCAUUGAUUAAAAAAGUAUGGGAGAUGGAUUUCUUGCCCACCCCCUCAACAUGUAAAAACAGAGAAAAGGAUGAUUCUCUACAGGUACUUAUUGAGUUGGGAGGAGUGAGGAAGAUGUGGGAUAGAGGCUGUCAAGGUGAUGGAGGUAACUGGCAGAGAGCUGCCUGGCUGCAUCUGUUUUGUUGUAUAACCUCAGGCAUUUCAUUUAUUUACUUUUUAUGUUUCUGUGUAAAAGUUGAUGCUACACUGGCUCUGUUGCCAUAAAGUAAGAUUUGUUUUGGGGUGGGUUUUGCUGUUUUGACAUUUUCUUUAUGGUUGGUUGGUUGGUUUGGGGUAGUUAUUUUAAAAGGCACUGAGUCAAAAAGAUUUUACUAUGUUAUCAAAGAUUCCCUUCAAAUCAUUUGGACAGCUUUUUCCUUCAAUUUUAAGUGCAUUUUGAUUUUCAGCAGAAGAUGGAUUUCCCAAACAACCCCCAAAAAAUCCUUCAAUCCAUUAAGAUUCGUUUGUAUCUAUUCAUGAAUGAUUUAUUAUUCCAGAAACAAAAGUGCAUAAAAGAUGAGCUGUUUUGGAGUUGUUGUGUUUUGUUGUUGUUAUUGCUGUUUUUAAUUAACAUCUGUUAUACCAAUAUAGAUUUCUCACUUAAAUGCUUGUUCUUGUUGCAGUGGACAAUGAAUCAAGGUAUCCUUUAGUUCUUUGAAAAUAUGUAUGCUGUGUUUUUCUUACAUACACGUCCAUAUUUUUUUCUGUAAGAAGUACAACAAAUUGGAAACACUCAGCAUUUUCUUUUUGUAUUUGAAAUAAAGCCAGACUACAACUUUGUGCUGUGGGCUUGGCAGCAGAUGGAAUGCAGUGUGGUUUCCUAAAGCCUUCACUAUAUGCAGCGUGCAAGUUUCUUUACAAUGCUUAAUUUAAAGAUUUGGCAAGAGAGAGUAAUCUGAAGUAUCACCGGAUGUACUGGAAUGUAUAUUUACUCCAUAUAUCUGCAAUAAUAUGAAAGUGAUGCACCUUCAAUAGUCUUUAAUCAGACAGUAUGCUUCUACUAACUGCUGAGCAAAGCAGUGGCAAUGAAAAUGUUUUCAGUAUGUGGUUGAAGAUGUAUGGUAAUGAGAGGCAGCUCUGAUCAUGUAUUUCAUUAUAUUUUCUGGGAACACAUUGCACAUAUUGCCCUAUCUUACUUCAGCAGUGAAAACAAUAAGCCUUAUCUACUGCUCCUUUGUGUAGGUGACAACAUUUAGCCAUAAAAAUGAAUUAACUGGACAGCACAUCUUUCAGACUGUUGUUACCUUGCUUGAUGAAGAAAGUAGAGAUUUACUUAUUUAACUAAUAUACUAGAAUUUGCAGUGGAAAAAGUUACAAGCUGUAGGAUUUCUGACUACUACGUGCUUUCAAGGGCUAAUCUGUUGUUGAUGUAUAGGUUUGUGUGGCUACAUGUAAAAAGGUUAUCUUACAACACCACAAGAUUUGCCAAAGGUUUGAGUAUUGGGAUGUUUCUCAGAUGAAUCAGUUAGAAUCAUAGAACAAUUUUUUCACACAGAGGGUGGUGACACACUGAAACAGGUUGCCCAGGGAUGUUGUGGAUACCCCAUCCCUGGAGGCACUAAAAGCCAGGCCAGGCUGGAUGGAUGUGGCUUUGGGCAGCCUGGUCUAAUGGUUGGCAACCCUGCACAUAGCAGGGGGGUUGAAACGAGAUGAUCAUUCUUUUCCUUUUCACCCAGGCCAUCCUAUGAUUCUGUGAUUAACAAUUUUGACUGGAAGGGACAUCCAAAGUCAUAUAGUCCAAUUCCUGACCAAACCAGGGAUGAUGGUCAGUUGAGUCUUAAACGUCUUUAAAACCUCUCCAGGCAACACCUUCCAGUGCUUGACCACCCUCGUGGUUAAAAAAAAAAAACAAAAACAAACAAACAACAAAAAAAGUGUUUCCUUUUAUCUGAAUGAAAUUUCCCUUAAGUUUCCUUUGUCUCUUGUUCUAUUAUUAUAGACUUGUGAGAAUAGUCUGGCUUCAUUUCCUAUGUGUUCUCUGCUCAGUUAGUUGUGGAUAGCAAUUAGGUCUCCCAUUCGUCUUGUCUUCUGAAGGGUGGAGGGAGCCAGAGGAGAUGCUGAGUCCUGCACCUGGGGAGGAACAAAUCCAAGCACCAGUACAUGCUGUGGGCAACCCAGCUGGAAAGCAGCUCUGCAGAAAAGGACAGGGGGAUCCCAGUGGACACCAAGUUGAGCAUGAGCCAGCAGCAUGUCCUUGUGGCAAAGAAGGCUGAGAAUGUCUUGGGUUGCAUUAGGCAAAGUACUGCUAGCAAGUCAAGGGAGGUGAUCCUUCCCCACUGUUCAAUACUGGAAGGCCACACCUGAAUACUCUGUCAAGUUCUGGACUAACCAAUACAAGGGCAACAUGAACAUAGCAGAGGGAGUUUGACAAAAGGCCAUGAAGGUGAUUAAGGGACUGGAGCAUCUCUAGUUCAAGGAAAGACUGAGAGAUGUGGGAAUGCUCAACCCAGAGGAGAGGGGACUAGAGGAGAUGUCAUCAAUAUCUAUAAAUACUCGAAGGGAGGGUGCACAGAGGAUGGAGCCAGGCUCUUUUUAGUUGUGCCCAGUGCCAGAACAUGCAAGGAUCAUAAACUGGGGGACAGGAGGUUCCCUCUGAACACCAGGCAGUGCUUCCAUGCUGCAUGGGUGACAGAGAACUGGCAUAGGUUGCCCACAGAGGCUGUGGGGUCUCCUCCUUAGAAAUUUCCAAAAGCCAUCUUGCGGUGGGCCUGGGCACCCUGCUCUGAGUGGCACUGGUGGAACAGGGGUUGGGCCAGAGGGACCAAGCAACAGGACCCUGCUAACUGCAAAGGUCAUAUGAUUCCUGCCAUUCUAUUUCUCCAUCCAGUCUGGAACUGAGUGGUAGCCUUCUCAUCUGGUUUAUUGACUACUCCCUUCAAUUAGGUGCUGUCUGUUUCUGAAAAGUUUCUGAUAAUGCAUCAUCAUUAUCAACCAAUUCAUUAAUGAAGUAUUUAAACAUUGUGGGUGUCAGAGGCCAAUAUAUCUUGGCACUUCAAUAGUCAGCGUAUGAGAAUGCUAGAGCAGCUGCUUAGGCCUGGGAAAAGCAAUGCCAAAACUUGCACAUACCUUAGGCAAGUUUGUGCCUUAGGGCAGAAGACUAUUACAUGGAGGAAAUUUUGUUUCCAGAUAUUUUGCACUGAAAAUGAAUGAACAACUUUCCCUAAAAUAGCAUAGCACAGAAUCUAUGUGAAAUUGCAUCUUUUGAAAUUACCUAAACUUGCAUGUGAGUAAAUACGGUCUGUUUGGAUCGAGGGGUGUCUUUCUAAACUUCCUUAGGAAAUAUGCUCUGAAAUAAGUGUGUCUAUAUCAGCAGCUAGUAUGGUAAAGCAGAAAUGUUGAAUUGUGAAGUUAACUUAGCAAAAAUUGCACCUCUGAAUAUUUGGUGAGAGUUCAGCUCUUCUAAGAAAUACUCAGACAUCACCAGGUCUAAGAGCUCACAUACUGUAUCUUGGUACAUGGAAAAAGUAGCUUGCAAGAAAGGUGAAGAAUGCUUCACUUGGUUUGAUUUCUAAGGGACAGACACUCAGUUAUUUGUUAAGAACCACGUUGAAACAUCUGUUUGAAAGGGUUUUACUGGAAUGCUCACAUUUUAAAUGGUAAAAAUUGUGUUAAAGGGAAAGAUGUCUAAAAGCAGUUUUCUCAGAUACUGUAUUAUAUUAUGCUUGCCUUGACUGAAACUUGAGCAAGUGAUGUAAUUAAACUGCUUUUACAAACUUCACUAGUGCUAAAUAACUCCCAGUUAAAAUAAUGUGAACCUGCAAAAUCUCGGCACAUAUUCGUACCAUUGUUACUUUUCUUUCCAGAGGCUACAGCCAUUUUAACUAUAGGAUCAUGCAGGCUUAGAUUAUACAUAUUGUGGAAUCAUGUAGAUACGGUGGUGUUUGAGGUUUCCUUCGAUUACAAUUUUGAGUAUAUUUUACUUUAUUUUACAUACUGCAAGUGUAGACUGUUCUGUUGACUUGUUCUUCUAAAUUAUUCAGGAAUCUGAAGCUUUGUUCCUCAAGGCAAUUAAAGCCAAUCCAAAUGCUGCCAGUUAUCAUGGUAAUUUA